UCUCUUAUCCCUCAUGCAACGAACAACCUUCAUCUUUUCUUUUUAUUUUUCUUCCCAUCCAAUCCAAGAUUUAGAUCUAAAACCACCCACAUUCAACAUUUUCAUUAUCUUCAACAACAUCAUCACAUUAUGAUUAAUCAAUAUCAAUCUCAUUAAUCUUAUCAAAUCAACCUCAUAAAUCAUCAUUAACACAAAAUCACAAUGCAGCAACCAUCGCCCGAACAAAAACCAAUAAUACUACCAAAACCACCUUGUUAUAGAGACCCAAACAUCCAACAAAAACCGCUUCCAACACGAAACCCUUCUCUCCCACCUUCUUUCCGACCAAAACCCAAGAAACGUAAUUAUUGUCGCCUAUUUUGUUGCACAUUUUGCAUCAUCUUCCUCAUUCUCUUCUUCCUUUUCAUCCUCGCCGCCGCAGUUAUCUACAUUCUCUACCAACCUUCCAUACCAGAAUUCCACCUCGGUUCUUUCCGUGUUCCAAGUUUCAACAUAACCACAAAAUCCGACGGUGCUUAUCUCGACGCAAACACGAUAACAAUGGUGGAAGUGAAGAACCGUAAUGCAAAAAUGGUGUGGCGUUUUGAACAAAGUAGUGUUCAGAUAUGGGCAGAUAAUGGUGAUUUGAAUUUAGGAUCGACGAAGGUGGCUGCGUUUGAUGUGAAGGUGAAGAAUAAGACGGCGGUGAAGGGGGAAACGAAGGUUAGACAUGAGGAGUUGAAUGAGAAACAAAGGAGGAAGUUGAAAAGUGCUUUUAGUAGUAAAGCUUUGGUGCCUAGUGUUGAGGUGAAAACAAGAACGAGUGUUAGGGUUCAAGGUUGGAAAUCCAUGAUGAUUGGUGUUACUGUUGUUUGUGGUGAUGUUACUUUGAGACAGAUUCAAAAUGGUGACAUGCCUCCUUGUUCCUUCACUGUAUUCAAAUGGAUCAAAAUAUGAUGAGUUGGGGAUGUGUUAUUAUACAAAUCUGGAUAUGGAUUUGGCAGAUUGAUCGAUGUUCAUUGCGCAAUUCAGAAAUGAAGGUUUUGUGAUCAUAUUGGAUAUCUAAAUUAUUUUUUUGUUACUUCUUUUUUCUCUGUUAAGAGAUGAAGGAAGAAUAAAAUGAAGAAACAUGUUAUUUGCUUGGAAAAAGAAAAGGGUCUCAUCUUCAGCAGUUCAACUUGCUGCUUUGGUUCUCCCAAAUGUGUAUUGGGAAUUUAGGAUGUACAUAAUUCGAUAGGUUGUGUACAGUAUCAAAUUAUUAUUUAGUAUUAGAUCUAAUGUGAUUGUUGAAAGGAUCAAUCACUCAAUCCCUCUAGAAAAUGAUAGUGACUUUGGAAGUCUCAUUCUUGAGGAUAUAUUGUUGGCUUUUGUUUCCUUUCACCAAU